CAGACACUUGACUGUAAACAAGAGCCAAAAUCAAAAAAAUCAAAACCAAAAACAUGGAUACAUAAUAGAUAUUAGCAAAUCCAAAACAAACAAUCAACACAUCACACACUCACAUACACUUCACAACACAACAACGCCACGCUGCAAAUCCCUAGGCCCCAUUUCCAUUUCGUUUCAAACCAAAAACCAAAACCAAAAAACCGAAACACAAAAACAAAAAAACGAUUUCAUUUUUUUUGUUAACGAUUAUUUAAUUCAACUCUCGCAUUCUCAACUUCUCGAAGCUCGAUACGCCAACUUUAAACAAAGAGGAUUGAAUGGAGUCUACGGAGUCGUCCUACGUGUCGUCGCCGGAGGAGAUGGUGAGGAAGCGAACUCCGCCACCGCCGCAGUCGCUGCCUACAGACCCUGCAGAGAAGCCAACAUAUAUUAGGUUUCUUGUGUCAAAUCCCUUAGCUGGUGCUGUCAUAGGAAAAGGUGGCUCCACAAUUACUGAUUUCCAGUCACAAUCUCGGGCAAAAAUCCAGUUGUCACGCAGUCAUGAAUUUUUUCCUGGAACAACUGAUAGGAUUAUUAUGGUUUCUGGGACAAUUGAUGAAACUCUCAAGGCUGUGGAACUCAUUCUUGAUAAAUUGCUGAGUGAGAUUCAUGCUGAAGAUGGUUACGAGGCUGGACCAAGUACAAAAGUGAGACUAAUUGUUCCAAAUAGCUCUUGUGGUAGCAUAAUUGGCAAGGGAGGAGCCAUUAUAAAGUCAUUUAUUGAGGACUCCCAAGCUGGCAUUAAAAUAUCUCCUCUGGAUCAUAAUUAUUAUGGGCUGAAUGAUAGGUUAGUGACGCUGACCGGUCAUCUUGACGAGCAGUUGCGGGCAAUUGAUUUGAUUCUGUCUAAGCUAAUGGAAGACACUCAUUAUAAACAGACUAUGAGUGUCCCCUAUUCAUAUGCAGGUGUUUUCUUCUCUGGUUUUCAUGGUAUGCCGUAUGGCCAUGUGCCUCCUGUUGCACCAAUGGCUCAGAAUGCAGUAAGCUAUGGACCGAAUGUGGCUGGAAGGAAGUUUCAAAAUAACAAGGAGGAUCGGAGUAACUCAGUGACAAUUGGUGUGGCGGAUGAGCAUAUCGGUUUGGUUGUUGGUCGUGGUGGAAGGAAUAUAAUGGAAAUUAGUCAGGUCAGUGGGGCCAGGAUAAAAGUAUCAGAUAGAGGUGAUUUCAUGUCUGGAACAACUGAUAGGAAAGUCACUAUCUCAGGGUCACAGAGAUCAAUCCGUGCAGCUGAGUCCAUGAUAAUGCAGAAGGUAGCAUAUGCUUCUGAGAGGUUGAUGGAUUAAUUUUCAUGUGUUGCAACCCAUUCUUGCUGAGAAUCUUUUGACGGACCUCCUUUUGACUUGCAUUCUUAAUGAUCUAGAAACAUGUCAAUAUGUUUUCUCACAAAAUGAGUUGGUGAGAAAUCUUAAAAACAGUGAUCGGAGUAGAAAGAAAGAAGAACGGAAAUUUUUUUUUUUUUUUUUUUUUUUUGGGGCUGAGCUUCGUAUAGGGAUUCUUCUUAAUAUACAGUUAUAUAUCUCUGUAUAACGAAGUUUCUUCGAGUAGGCUAUCAUCACUUACUUAAUAUCAGAGAUAGCUUCAUUUGUUUCUUAUUAAGUUGUAAGUUCUAAACUUAGCAAGUGUCAAUUCUAUGUUUUUGUAGGAUUCUUUGCUUUAGAUUAAGCCCGAGGUUUUUGUUGUUAAAUGUUGUCUCUCCUGCAGAUGAUUUGGUGGAUAAACUUGAUAUCAUUUGCUUACUCAAUGAAAUUCUCUAUGUUGUCGUGGUGAUUAUUU